AUGUGCUACCAGAAGCUCAAGGCCAUUGUUUUCCAAGACCAAAUCACUCCAAUUCUUGCCGAAUCGGUCACCAUGAAUAACCUAACCAACCUUGGCGAGUUCUGCGGCCCAGCUGUUGAUGCAGCAACCAUCAUGACCUGUUGCAAAUGUGGUCAAAACACUUCUCUCAUUGCGGGUGCGCCAGGAGCCACCUCUUGCAAUAGCUGUGGUCACUAUGAAUGUAACGACUGCGAUUUCAAUUAG